ACACGCUCCACCUCGCUUGUAACAUCUUGUUUAAAUUCCAGGAACUGCUGGAGCGGCGUGUGGGUUGGGACGUGUUUGUCCAAUUUUGGAGCCCAAAAACUUCUUAUUUCUUAUUGCUGGCGGGUAGUUGUUGGAAUUUGGAAGUUGUUUAACUAUAAAGUGUGCCAAAAUCAAAAUGUCACGCUCCGACUUCCCGCCCUCCUACGAUGACGUGAAAAAUCCUCUUAAUUCACCUCAGGGAGGGAAUGACUACCCGCCACCAGGUUAUGGACUACCACCGUACGGGGGUCCGACUACACCAGGAGGCUACCCCCCUGGGCCUCAAUUCGGCCCCCAACCAGGAUAUCCUGGCAUGUAUUCCCCUGGAGGACAGCCAGGAGCAGGCUAUCCCGGCCAAGGCUUUCCGGCAAUGCCCGUCAUGCCUCCCGUCAUGCCGCCUGUGCUUCCUAUCAACCAGCCGGACUCAGGAUAUCCUGGCAUGUAUUCCCCUGGAGGACAGCCAGGAGCAGGCUAUCCCGGCCAAGGCUUUCCAGCAAUGCCCGUCAUGCCUCCCGUCAUGCCGCCUGUGCUUCCUAUCAACCAGCCGGACUCAGGAGGCAAUGAAGGAUUUACAGCAUCUGGUGGCUGGGAUGACAUGUCGAUCCGACAUGUUUUCAUCCGAAAAGUCUAUCUUAUUCUGGCAUCGCAACUCCUGAUCACAGUAGCCGUUGUGGCCGUUUUCACUUUCGUGAAUCCCGUCAAAAGUUUUGUUAUACAGAAUCCAGCAGUUUACUGGGCUUCAUAUGCAGUGUACUUUGUCACUUACAUUGUCCUUGUCUGCUGUAAAGGACCGAGGAGGCGGUUUCCCUGGAACAUAGUGCUACUUGUCAUUUUUACUCUCUCCAUGUCAUACAUGACAGGAACUAUUUCAAGCUACUAUGACACAAAAUCUGUGUUUCUGGCCCUUGGAAUAACAGCAGUUGUUUGCAUUAUCGUCACGAUCUUCUGCUUCCAGACCAAGGUGGACUUCACAUCGUGCGGCGGUUUCUUCUGCGUCCUGGGUAUGGUCGUCUUUGUCACCGGCAUCAUCACAGCCAUCGUGCUGUCAUUCAAAUACAUUCCCUGGCUUCAUAUGCUGUAUGCAGCAAUAGGAGCCAUCGCUUUCACCUUGUUCUUGGCGUACCAUACCCAGCUUCUCCUAGGCAACCGCAAGCAUUCCAUCAGCCCAGAGGAAUACGUGUACGGAGCGCUCUCCCUCUACUUAGACAUUGUACAGAUCUUCCUGUUCAUCCUGCAGAUCGUUGGAGGAUCUAGACGUUAAAGUCCGUGUUCAUACUUAGUUGCUAUGAAACUCGGUUGGCAUAAUCUAUGACUUGUAUGAUUAGCAUAUAAAAAAAACUAACAAUUUAAAGCCAAUGUAUACAGAUUAGGUAAUACAUGGAUAUGUAUACUAUGUAUUGGUACCAAAGUUAGGCUAUUUUCAGGUGUGAGAAUAUUCAGUUUUAGCUUCUUUGUUAAUGUUAUUUUGCGACCUGAUAGCCAAUAAAGCACUCUUUAUUAUUUUAUUCAAAACAUGGUUAUUGGUUUGGUGUGUGUUUCUGUAUGAAGUUGCUACCUUAAGUGAAAUAUUUGUAUGUUCAUUUUGUACAAAUACUGCACAUGACCAAGUUGGCAGGGUAAAAAUUGGGUUCCACUUGGAGAUCCACUGAUGUAUAGUGUUUUUUUUGUUUUUUUGCUGUGCCCCCCGACAAAGACAAAUUGACAUCAUUCAUUGCUGUCAAAAUCUUUCAAGCAUUUUGUCUUCUGUUAUAUUGAUAAAUACUGACAAAUCACUUUGUGUAUAUUGUAUGACACAUUUCAGAAGUAUACGUGUAACAAAAUAUACUGUGACAGCUAUUUUAAGACAGACAUUUGGGCAGAAUUUGGUUUGGUUAUAUGCAACCAUUUAAUAAACUGUACAUUUUAAAUGAGCAAUAAAAAUUUCUAUAUAUAAAAUAAAUAAAAUAUGCAUAAUUUACCGAAUAAGAAUCAUUGUUUGUUGUUUGGCUAUGGCCUUGUUCUGGAAAUGUCUUUGUAUUAUUAAAAUCAUUUUGACAAUA